UUGUGUCACGUGCCCGAUCAUCUACAAUCUGUCGCUAACAGUGUCCAAAGAUCUGGAUUCCCUGUAAACAAGACCGUCUGUACUACUGCAAGUCAAGCUGAACAGCUGACACUCUUCACAAAGCAGUGCUGAUGUUUGCACUGGCUGUGUAGCUGCAGUAUGUCAGGGGACCGAGGAAAGGACUCUCCGUCUGAGAUGAGUCUUCCCGACGAACAUGGACAAAGAUCAGGCUCAGACGUGCUCAGCUCUGUGUCUGUGAAGAGUGACUGGUCAAAAGAUGAACCACCGAAAUUCAGUGAGAAAAAACCAUCACCUACCAAAAGUGUAAGACCAGGCUCAUGUGUGUCCAGCUCUCCAUCUGUGAAGAGUGACUGGUCAAAAGAUGAACCACCAAAAUUCAGUGAGAAAAAAAUUUCAUCUAUAAAAAGCAACAAAGGACAGACGACCACAGUAAAUAUAGGUGCAGAAUUUACACGAUGGGAAACACUAAAAGCACAGAAGAAAAUGAAGAGUGAUGUGGAGCUGGCAGCUUUUCUUCUCAACCGGAUUCAAUAUGAGAAAUCAGACUUCCAGAAUUACCGCUUCAAAAAGAAUUUCAGAGAAAGUCUUGUCUGGAUCUUCCAGGACCUUGAGUACAAAAUAAUUGUAUUUCUGAAGACUGAGCUGGAAAAGUUUAAGAAAAUAUUAAAAGAAGAGAACACACAAUACUUUGUCCAGGACUUUAUAGAGGACAUGUGCAGUGUCAAAGAAGCAGCUCUUGAUAUCACACUUUACUUUCUAAAAAGUAUGAAGCAAGAUAAACUUGCAGACACUCUAAAAGAUGAGCUGGUCUUCAUUCAUCAACGACGACUUAAAUCGAACCUGAAGAAAAAGUAUCAGUUUGUGUUUGAAGGAAUUGCAAAGCAUGGUGACUCAACACUUCUGAAGAACAUCUACACAGAUCUCUAUAUUACUCAGGGUUGUAGAGAACAGGUCAAUACUGAACAUGAAGUAAGACAGAUUGAAGUUACUUCCAGGCGUCAUGAAUCACAAGAGAUACAGGUUGAAUGCACAAAUUUGUUCAAAGCACCCGAACAAGACAAGCAGAUCAGAACUGUACUGACAAAAGGAGUUGCUGGCAUCGGAAAAUCAGUCUCUGUGCAAAAGUUUAUUCUGGAUUGGACAGAAGGAAAAGAAAAUCAAGAUAUCAGCUUUAUAUUUCCUCUUCCAUUCAGAGAGAUUAACUUAAAAGAGGAAGAAAAACAAGGUUUGAUGAGCCUGAUAAGUCAGUUUUUCCCAGAGACAAAAGGACUGAACCUUACAAGAAAUGAUAAAUUCAAAGUCCUGUUCAUUCUUGAUGGUUUGGAUGAAUGUCGUCUUCCUCUAAACUUUAAGGAUAAUGAGACAUGGCGUGACGUCUCAUCACCAGCCUCUCUGGAUGUUCUCCUCACAAACCUCAUCAAGGGGAAUCUGCUUCCUUCUGCUCUCAUCUGGAUCACCACCAGACCAGCAGCUGCCAGUAAGAUUCCUCCUGACUCUAUCGACCGGGUAACAGAGGUCAGAGGGUUCAAUGAUGCACAGAAGGAGGAGUAUUUCAAAAAAAGAUUUGAAGAUCAGAAUCUGGCCAGUGAAAUCAUUGAUCAUGUUAAACAAUCAAAGAGUCUCUUUAUCAUGUGCCACAUCCCAGUCUUCUGCUGGAUUUCAGCCACUGUUCUCCAGAACAUUUUAGAGGAGAAAAGAAAUAAUGAUCUGAAAAACGAUCAGGGUGAUGCCUCCAAGGAAACAAAUACUGAAGACACUCCCAAGACUCUGACACAAAUGUACACACACUUUCUCCGUUUUCAGAUGCUGCAGAGUAGACGAAAGUAUGAUGGAGAAUACACACCAGAUGUUUCCUGGGAUAAAGAUGCCAUAUUUUCACUGGGGAAACUGGCAUUUCAUCAGCUGGAAAGAAACAACCUCAUCUUCUAUGACACAGACCUGGAAGCCUGUGGUAUUGAUGUCUCUAAAGCAUCAGUGUACUCAAGCAUGUGUACCCAGAUCUUUAAGGAGGAAACAGGGAUCAUUCUUGGUACCAUGUACUGCUUUGUUCACAUGAGCAUUCAAGAGUUUAUUGCAGCCCUUUAUGCACAUCUGUUUCUAGACAUCAACAAGAAAAAUGCAUUUGUUCAAGAUUCUACAGAACAUGAAAACCAAAAUGACACCAUGAUUAAUUUGCUCAAGACUGCAGUGGACAAGGCACUUGAGAGUGACAUUGGACACCUGGACCUUUUCCUUCGCUUCCUUCUCGGUUUGUCACUUGAGUCUAAAAAAACACUCUUACGAGGUCUGUUAACUCAGCAAGAUGGCAAUGACCAGAGCACAAAGGAAAUAGUUCAGUACAUCAAGCAGAAACUAGAAGCUAAUCUGUCUUCAGAUAGAUCCAUCAAUCUGUUCUACUGUCUGAAUGAACUGAACGACCAAACUCUGGUGAAAGAGAUUCAGACCCACCUUAGAGAAGGAAGUCUCUCAUCUGCUGAUCUUUCUCCUGCUCAGUGGUCUGCUGUGGCCUUUGUGUUGUUGACAUCAGAGGAAGAGAUGGAGGAGUUUGAGCUUCAGAAAUUCAAGAAAUCAGACGAGUGUCUCAUUAGAUUAUCACCAGUCAUAAAAACCUCCAAAAAAGCUUUGUUAAAUGAUUGCAAUUUAACAGACAAAAGCUGUUCAGCUCUAGCUCCAGUUCUUGGAUCAGAUACCUCUCUAAAAGAGCUGAACAUGAACAAUAAUAAUCUGCAGGAUUCAGGAGUGAAACUGCUCUGCACUGGACUGGAGAAUGUAAAGUGUGAAUUGGAGCUACUAUGACUUUCAGACUGCAGUAUCACUGAAGAAGGUUAUCUAGCUCUGGCUUCAGCUCUGAAAUCAAACCCUUCACACCUGAUAGAGCUGGAUCUCACAGGAAAUGAUCCUGGACAAUCAGGAGUGAAGCAGCUCAAUGAUUUACUACAGGAUCAAUACUACUCACUGAAGACACUGCGACUUUCAGACUGCAGUAUCACUGAAGAAGGUUAUAAAGCUCUGGCUUCAGCUCUGAGAUCAAACCCUUCACACCUGAUAGAGCUGGAUCUCACAGGAAAUGAUCCUGGACAAUCAGGAGUGAAGGAGCUUGAUGAUUUACUACAGGAUCCAGACUGUCAACUGACGACACUGAGUCUUUCAGACUGCAGUAUCACUGAAGAAGGUUAUAAAGCUCUGGCUUCAGCUCUGAGAUCAAACCCUUCACACCUGAUAGAUCUGGAUCUCAGAGGAAAUGAUCCUGGACAAUCAGGAGUGAAGCAGCUCAAUGAUUUACUACAGGAUCCAAACUGUCAACUGAAGACACUGAGGUUGUUACAAAGUCCUGAUGCAGAAGAAGCCUGUAAAUAUCUGACUGAAUUUCUUCACAUUAAAAACCCGUUACUCCUGAGAGAUCUGAAUCUGAGUGAACGUAAACUAGGAGACACACGAGUGAAUCAGAUCUCUGCUCUACUGCAGGAUAAACACUGUAAACUCAACACACUGACACUGAAUAACAACAGUAUUACAGCAGAAGGUUGUGCUGCUCUGACUUCAGCGUUUAAUUCAAAUCCUUCAAACCUGAUAGAGCUGGAUCUGAGUGGAAAUAAACUAGAAAACUCAGGAAUAGAGAAGAUCUGUCCUCUGUUUAAAAGCACAGAAUGCAAAUUGGAAAAACUAAAACUCUCAGACUGCAGUAUCACAGAAGAAGGUUAUAAAGCUCUGGCUUCAGCUCUGAGAUCAAACCCUUCACACCUGAUAGAGCUGGAUCUCAGAGGAAAUGAUCCUGGACCAUCAGGAGUGAAGGAGCUCAGUGAUUUACUACAGAAUCCAAACUAUUCACUGAUGACACUGAGGUUUUUGGGUCCUGCUGCAGAAGAAGCCUGUAAAUAUCUGAAUGAAGUUCUUCACAUUAAAAACUCAUUACUCCCGAGAGAGCUGAAACUGAGUAAACGUGAACUAGGAGACACACGAGUGAAUCAGAUCGCUGCUCUACUGCAGGAUAAACACUGUAAACUCAACACACUGAUUCUGUGUAGAUGCAGUAUUACAGAGAAACAGUGUCUCAUCCUGACUUCAGCUCUGAAAUCAAACCCAUCACUCCUGAGAAAACUGGACCUCAGUCAGAAUAAAAUAGAAAACACAGGAGUGAAUCACUUAUGUGACGUACUGAAGGAUUCACGCUGUAAACUGGAGAGAUUGAGUCUAAAUGACUGUGGCAUUACAGAUGUUGCUUGUUUUGCUCAGUCUUUGGCUGAAACAAAAGUACUGCAGUUUUUAAAAGAGCUUGAUCUGAGUAAAAAUAAAAUAGGAGACUCCAAGAACAAGCUCAGUGAUGUGCUACGAGACUCAAACUGUAAACUGAGCCUGGAGAAAGAACAACCGCUCUGGAGGGCAGGUGUAAACUACAUUAGUGGAUGGUUUACUCGGUCUAAAGCUCCGGAGGAUCCUGUGAAAUCAACAGAACAAGAAAAGUCACCGUCAGAUGAGGAAUCUUCAGAAGGUUCUCACUAUAGUACUGAUAUAAAUCCAGCUCAAGAGGAUCCUGUGAAAUCAACAGAACAAGAAAAGUCACCGUCAGAUGAGGAAUCUUCAGAAGGUUCUCACUAUAGUACUGAUAUAAAUCCAGCUCAAGAGGAUCCUGUGAAAUCAACAGAACAAGAAAAGUCACCGUCAGAUGAGGAAUCUUCAGAAGGUGAAACAGAGGAGGGAGACGAGGCUCAUGAGCGCGCAAAAGAGGUGGAUUAGUAAGAAUACAAGUCUGUGAUAUAAGACCUUCAUCAUAAUGAUGUCAAGAUUAAACUCAUCCAUAAUGAAGCAAUUAAAAUAUUGCUGAUCAUGACUGUGAAUGUAAUUUAGCACUUAUACAUCAAAUGACAAACUGAAAGUCUAAAAUGAAAAUUAAAUUAUUAUGGGCUACAUGUACACAGAUUCAAAUCAGUGAUCUAUAAUGGAGUCAUUUUUAGAGAUCAGUGGUCCUGUGUCGUAUUUAUAUUUCUUUAUACCAUUGUUUAUUUUACAUUUAUGUAUGUUUCACAUUACAUUUCUCUUACAUUUUAUAUACAGACUGUUUGUUUAAAUGUGUUUUUGUAAGUUCUGUGUCUGUCUCAUGAGAAACAUGUCUCUGUACAUAAGACAAAGCUUUGACUGAAGACAGAGAUGUGGAUGAAUCUGUUCUCUCACACCGGCGCACACUGAUCUUUACUAGUUAGAAUUUAU